ACAGUUGAUGCUGAGGUGUCAAGCAGAGAGCACGUCUCUCGCAUACACUCUGUGAUGUUUACGCGAAAGACGAAAUGUGAUGUGCGUGAAUAGUGUACAGUAGAAUUUUGAAAAUAGAACAUUCUAAUUUCACGGGAUAAUUUGGUAAAAUAGGUUAAAAGUACUGCGUUUUUAAAUGCACUUACUUUUAACAAAUGAAAAAUACUCAAUAGUGUAUCCGUGAUGACAAUAUGCCAGUGUUCUACUGUGAAUAUAAGUUCAAAAAAUGUGUUUAAAAAGAUAAUAAUCGCAAAUAAUUAGGAUGUGAAACCAUGUUGGAAUGCGUGCGUCGCGAUGGCUCAGUGGUACACGCGACGGACAACGGAUGUUACUGUUUUAGGCUGCUGUUUUUGCUGACAAUUGUGCUUUUAUGCGUGAGACCGGCACUACCAGGCGGUGUAUCGCUAGGCGCACAUUUGGUGUGCGCGAGAGUGGCAGGAUUAACAGACAAGCAACGCGCCAUGUGUCGAUCUUCCCCCGCCGCCAUUGCAGCUGUAGGUGACGGGUUGAGGAUGGCGUACGCAGAAUGUCGAAACCAGCUUGGAGGCUAUAGAUGGAACUGCACAGGUAUCGGCGAUGGAAACGACUUCGGCCACGUGAUGCCUUUAGCAACUCGUGAGGCCGCAUUCACAUAUGCGAUCACAUCGGCUGGCGUGACGCACGCGCUCAGCACAGCCUGCGCGAGAGGCGAUCUACCGGCUUGCGGAUGCUCAUCAAAUAGGAGACGAGCUCCAAGUCCGUCAGAUCAGUUCCACUGGGGUGGUUGUGGUGAAUCAGCGUACGGUGCCCGGUUCGCUCGACGAUUCCUGGAUUCACGGGAAAUAGAGGCCGAUGCUAGGAGUCUUAUGAAUCUCCACAAUAACCGAGUUGGAAGGAAGUUUUAUUUACAGAUAGUAAAGGACCUAGUUCGACGCGAGUGCAAAUGUCACGGUGUGUCUGGGUCGUGUGCUCUGCGCACAUGUUGGCGCGCUUUGCCGCCAUUUCGCGCUGUUGGCGCAGCGCUGAGGGAGAAAUAUCACCGCGCGAGACUGGUAACACCCCACCCUCCGCCUGCCACGCAUGCACCACAGACGCAUUUGGUGAUACGAAGGCCAAGACAGAACGCAGGCAUUGGCAGGCAACCAAGAAAAUCUGAACUGGUUUUCCUGGAACCAUCUCCUUCCUACUGUGAAGCGGAACCAAUGACAGGCUCCUUUGGGACACAUGGGAGACACUGCAAUCGAACAUCUCGGGGUGAAGAUGGAUGUGAAACUCUCUGUUGCGGAAGGGGUUACAACACAAUACAAUCUGUCGAAGAAACAAAAUGUCGAUGUAAAUUUCACUGGUGUUGUCGCGUUUCUUGCGAAAAGUGUGUAACGCGCACGGAAAUUCACGUGUGCAAGUGAACACAAACAUUUUUAACGAUGGCAACAUAUGUAUCGAAUAUCGAUAGAGUGCACGAUUUAGUACUUAACACGAUGAUUUAUAUUAAGUGUGUUUACUAAUUAUUUGUAGCUUGUAAUUGAUUGUAAAAUAUAAUUUAUAAUAUUAUCGAUACCUUAAGUAUUUAAGUGUUAUAUAUUGAUACAUAAUAAGAUGGAUUUUCCACAUUUAUAUAUUCAGUAGUAUAAUUUGGUUUUUGAUGACGAUUAAAACAUUUAUUCCUAAUUAAAUACUAUCGUUAUUCAUGAAAACUAAAUUCUAAUAACACCAUUCUAACUCAAGUACUCGUUUAUCUCUUUUCAUCACAGUUCAUAAUUAGUAGGAAAAAGGCAAAAGAAUUUUGUUUAUAAAUCAGAUAAUAUUUUUUAGUAAUUUAAUAUUUGGCAACGUUAUUUAAAAGAUCAAUUCAAUUAUUGUGAUUUAAUGCUUUUUAAUUUGCAAGUUCUAUCGUUUUUUUACAAUUUAGUAUUUAUUCUGAAUUUAAGUAAGUAUCACUAAGAAUUUAUAAUUUAAUAAGUAUUUUAAAUAUAACUUCUAGUAUUAAUGUAAAUAUGCCACCAGUAUUUUUCUUUAUAUGCAUGUAACGUUUGUAUAGACUCAGCGGCUUUAAAAUAUUUCUAAAAUAAUUAUAAUUAAAGAAUAUUGGCUAAAUGCUACUCACUCAGCUUCUACCAGCUAUUCUUCUAUUAAACUACCACGCAUUCAUAGCCAUUAUUCACGUCAAAUACUUAAUAUUAACACAUUCCAUAAAGUAAGACCUAACUUAUUUAAACCACCUAAAUUGUAAUAAAAUUUUCACAAGUAGUA